AACAGCUUCUGUUCAUUUCAAUCAUCAAGAUUGAUCUUAACCCCUCCCUCAGCAACAACUACCAACAACUCCACCCCACUCCACCUCAACAACCCCCAGCAACAAUGGCUUCUGCAAAAUUCGCCGGCAUGUCCACCAAGGGCGUCACCGUCGUUCUCGGUGCCCAGUGGGGCGACGAAGGAAAGGGCAAGCUGUCCGAUAUUCUCUCCCAGGAAGCCGAUGUCUGCGCUCGUUGCCAGGGUGGCAACAAUGCCGGACACACCAUUGUCGUUGGCAAGACCAAGUAUGAUUUCCACAUGCUCCCCUCUGGUCUGGUCAAUGAGCACUGCAUCUCUGUCAUUGGUGCCGGUGUUGUCGUCCAUGUCCCCUCGUUCUUCGAAGAGCUGUCCAACCUCGAGAAGAAGGGCUUGGACUGCACUGGACGCCUCUUUGUCUCCGACAGAGCUCACCUUGUCUUUGACAUCCACCAGACCAUUGAUGGUCUCAAGGAGCUCGAGUUGGGACGCGGAAGCAUUGGCACCACUCGCAAGGGUAUUGGCCCAACCUACUCCUCCAAGGCCUCUCGCUCUGGUCUCCGUGUGCACCACCUCUACAACUUUGAGGAGUUUGAACAAAAGUUCCGUGUCCUUGCUGCUAACAAGCACAAGCGCUAUGGUCACUUUGACCACGAUGUCGACGCCGAGAUCGAAAGAUACAAGAUCUUGGCCGAAAAGCUGAAGCCCUAUGUCACCGACAGCGUCUACUUCAUGAACAAGGCCAUCAAGGACAAGAAGAAGGUCUUGGUCGAGGGAGCUAACGCCCUGAUGCUCGAUAUUGACUUUGGUACCUACCCCUACGUCACUUCGUCUAACACCGCCAUCGGAGGUGUCUGCACUGGUCUCGGUAUCCCACCCCAGACGAUUGCCAAGACCAUUGGAGUUGUCAAGGCUUACACAACCCGCGUUGGAGGCGGCCCCUUCCCCACUGAGCAACUGAACGAGAUUGGCGAGUACUUGCAGAGAGUCGGAUUCGAGGUCGGUGUCACGACUGGUCGCAAGCGCCGCUGCGGUUGGUUGGAUACGGUCGUUGUCAACUACUCGACCAUUAUCAACGGAUACACCUCCUUGAACAUCACCAAGCUGGAUAUCUUGGAUCAGCUAGAUGAGAUCAAGAUCGGUGUCGCUUACAAGGUCGAUGGAGAGGUCUUGGAGGGAUUCCCUGCCAACUUGGCGCUUUUGGAUCGCGUCGAGGUCGUGUACGAGACAAUGCCUGGCUGGAAGUCGGAUAUCUCGAAGUGCCGUACGUUUGAGGACCUGCCCGUGAACGCGCAAAAGUACAUUCGUCGCAUUGAGGAGCUUUGCGGAGUUCCUGUGGAGUGGAUUGGCGUUGGUGUUGACCGUGAUGACAUGGUUAUCAUCCCUCAGGCAUAAAGACCAUGAUCAAAGCUAUCGACGACGACGACGACGACGACGUUCAUGAGAUCGUGCGAGUGCUAUGGAAGGUGAUGAUCUAGACAUGUUUGCUUGCGGUGGAGGAGGAGAUGGAUAUGUGUUUUAUUACGAUUGAGGACUGUGUAUUAUACCAAGCAACUGCUAGGAGUGUUCUUUGGUUGUUAGAAAAAGGUGCAUUGAAUAAAAACGAUCGCGUUUUUGAAUGUGAACACCAGGACGAUACUGCUCUGCCCAUAUGUUUAUCAGAGAUCGCAAAGAUCUGCUGUUAGAAUGAAAAAGUCCAAGGAAUUUUGAACUUCCUCUGCCUGAG